AUGGAGAGAAGUCAACGAAAAGUUAUUUUAUCUUUAGGGACCCUUUAGCAGUACUAAAAGUCUUGGCAGGCACAGUACAGCCAACAGCACUAGCACCACCUAGAGAACUUUUUGAAGAUUUUGGUCUAUACCCCAAGUCACCAAGGAAAAGGGAAGAAUGUAAGAUAGCCCGAACUUCAGGGUUGAAAGCUGCAGACUUUAUCCUGCACAAAUAUCCACAGUUGUUUCCCAUGAGAAAGGCUGAACCAGGCUGGCCAGAUAUGAACCAGGGCGGAGCAAUAGAAACAGAACAGGAUCUAAAAGACAUCAUUGCAGAAAUGAAGGCACAAGAAGCAAUCACAGGUUAUGAAAAGCUCCUUAAAGAUGGAGUCCCUGUUUCACUUCAAACCAGAAAUGAUUUGUUGGAUCUGGUUGCUUACUAUGGUACUAUUAGUGCUGCCGAACCUGUAGAUACUGUGAAAAGUGGGAGUUUAGAAGGAGAGAGUUCUUCAAGUGAAUCUUCGGAUGAGAGUUCUUCUGAUGAGGAGGAGGUAGAGAAUGUGAGGCACAAGAGGACAUGGAGCAUGGAUAAUUAUGCGGAGAAGUUAUUUAAAAGUAUGGAAGACAAAAACUCCAGAUCUUACGAUGCUAUGAUUCUUGCUUUACUAAAGCACAAUUAUUAUGAAAGAGCAUUUGAAUUAUUUGAACAUAUGAGAGAACAGAAUUUUCAAGAAUUUCUUUUUCUGUACUGCAUAUUGCCAAGUCGUAAAGGAGAUUUGAGCAUGUACGGUUUUGCCGAUGGAGGAAAACCAGAUAACUCAGUAAAACCCUCAAAUCAAUGGAGAAGUCAGACAGAGUCUAGUUAUUUACAUAUGAUGGAUCCAGGAAUCAAACCUGAGAUCCCCAGAGGUAAGGAAGUGUAG